GAUCAAAAUUCACUUUGCGUGUGACGUUGCGUGGCUCUAACCUCAGAAGCCCACUUCUGGGGUUUUUUUUUACUGCCGGGCGGCGGGUGAAAAAUUUAUACCGACUAUGAAAGCUGGCUGAUCCUCAAGCCUUUCACUGCCUUGACUUUUGGUGUUUCUUCAUUCCAACCGAACUUGAACUCAACAACUACUCUUAUUAUUCUUUGUAUUGAUCAACGUAUCAGUUAUGGGCGUCCGUAUCGCUACACAACAAGACGUCCCCGCGUUGAAGGAUAUCAUCCUCAGCGGGUUGUCAAAUGAUUCUGUCUGGCUGUACUGCUACCCCUCAGCAGGCCGUUCAGAAGCCGCCUCAAAUCAUGUCGAGACGGUUCUGAAGAGGAUCAUUGACGACAACAGCAAGAAUUGGCAUUGCUACGUAGUCGAUGCCCCCAAGACUCACGACCCUGUCUCCCUUGCAAUUAUCCAGUCGCUUCACCAGAACGAGGACGAUGGAAAGGGCGUCACUGAACAGAUUCAGCGAGUGUUUGGUCUGUCGGAUGACCCCAGCAACGGCGAGAGUAAGACGGCAAAGAGAAUUGCCGCACUGCAAUCAGGCAUCACGCAGACUCAGCAGACGUACCUCGCCCGCUACGACCAAGUUAUGUUCCUCCAUGCCGUCAUCACGCAUCCCCACCACAAGCGCCAAGGGUACGCCAAGACGCUCUCCAAGCAAACCCUGCAGGUAGCGCGUCAGAAGGGCGCCGUCGUAGCAGCCCUCGCCAGCCCCUUCAGCGGCUACGUCUUCUACUCGGGCACCAGCUUCUCCAACUGCGGCCGCACAAAGGUCGAGACCGACAACGACAUCGAGAACCUCGAGCUGCAGAUCAUGGUCUGCACUCCCCCCAAGCCCCUCGAGCAGAGGAGGAGCUCCAUCAUGGACUUUUGGGGAGGGGCCAAGAAGGCGUCGCCUGCGGGGAGCAGACGGGAGUCGCUUGACCAGGGUGCCACUGGCGAGAGGCGGAGCUCGUUCUUGGAUAUGUUUAGCUUUGGUGGCCCCAAGACUCCCUCUGCUGUUGAUGAUGAUACCCGCAGAAAGUCUCACGCCUAGAUGAGGACAGGGGGAUUUUUGUUUGCAGUUUUUUUUUUACAUGGAUGCCAUAGACCAGGUCUUUUCUUAUGUAUUUACCAAUGAGCCACGAUCUCAAUACGAUCACAGUACCAAACCCACCAUCAGUGUCAGCGAAAAUACAGUGGUGGACCGUGCAUAACUUUACUGAUUUGCAGGGCUCAAUCAUGCAUUUUGCGUAUGCAUGACAGCGCAUAAUCAGCAACUUUUCGCCAAUUGCCGUGAAGGCUUGCGCAGCUUCAUCCGCCCUGUCUGAACGACCAGCGGUUUCAGAAUUUUCAUCAACUGCGAUCGAUUUCCGCAGGCAAGCAUUAUUCUGCAGUGCUUUUGAUUGUUACAUAUUUUGGCCAUUGGCAUUUUACUCGCAAUAAAACGACUGUUUUCAUCGAGCCAACUACGAUCAGCUUCAGGUGACACUACUAUAAAUAUCUGAGGAAAGAAUUGGGGGGAAGGGAUGGAGAUAGUAGCAAGGAAGAACUCUUGCAUGGGGAAGACAGCUAUGCGGCAUAAUACCCGCAACUGUUAUUGAAGAAUAGAAAGGAGUAGAGAAGGGGAUGAAGAGGAAAAGGAAAUGUUUAACUUCCCUUGAAUUCGUUAUCUCUCUUCCCACGAAUGUAGUGUAUCAUGCACCAGUCCCACAGCCGUCCAGGAAGCAAAUCGAUUAGACCUUUGUAAAG